CUCCUUGUCUGAGCCCACAGUUGAGCUCCUCCGAAGCGGCAGAGCAGCACCCUGCGAGGAAGAGCUCUCAGGCAGCCACCAUGCUUGCUGCAAGGACACUCCUGGUGCUCGUGGUGCUCCUCACCCUCUCCUCACGCUGCAAUGCAGGCCCUCACACACCGACCGAGUGCUGCUUCAAUUACAUAAAGUCCCCUCUCCGGCAGUCUGUCCUGAAGGGCUUCUACAUUACUCCCAAGGAGUGCUUUUCCACAGCAGUUGUGUUUGAGACCAGAAACGGGACAAAGGUCUGCGCGAACCCAGCGAUGAAUUGGGUGGGGAAAGCGGUUGAGAGGCUUCAGAAAAAGAAAGAACUUCGUGCCCCGUGAUGUAGAGCGGGUGUCCUGGUUCAGACUACCCAGCAUCCUGGUGGAAAGGAAGGUUUAUGGUCAUCCUCCUGGGAGGAGCCACCCUGCGGAGGACCCCGAUGCUGAGGGGCGGCACUGACUCCCCGGAGCCCUGCGCCCCAUCGACCAGCUGGGCACCAGUUCCUGGGGUGCUGCCGGCCCUGCCAGCACCCGCCCGCUGAGCGCAGACACAAAAUAAAGGUUUACUUCAUGUGGUUA